AAAUAUUUUAAGCGUAAAUCUGACCUGUUACACUGUCAAACAACUAACUAUUGAAUUGGCAUGAUUUCUCUAUCUCGGAAACCUUUCUGGACAAUAAAAUAUUUGAAUCUUGGAUCCCACACAUUUGAGUCUUGAGGUUGAUAAAACUUUGCAAGAAUCCACAACCCUGAAUGGUAUGAGGAGACCUAGCACAGAAUGAAGGUGUUUACUAACUGCACAGUAGUGGUGGAGUUUGAGGCGACCACAUCAUACAAAGAAAAAUGUAAAUGGAGAAAGACAAUCACAGACAAUGGUGGCGUCAUAUCAUAUAUUCUCACUAAAAAGGCAUCCUUUUUUGUUGUUUUCAACAAGAAAGGCAGCAUUGUGUCAUUCAAAUUGAGGCAGUGUAGCAGAUAUAACAUUCCUGUGGUGAGCCCAAAAUAUGUGCAACAGUGUGUUACUAAGAAUAGACUGUUGGAUACAGAAAAUUACAGAUUGUCAGACAUAAAUAGUAACCAGGAAUUUGGGAAAGGGAAAAUACAGACAUCUCUUGGAGAAAGAAAUCGUAAACAUGUCAAGAAAAAGAUUGUUACAGUAAACCUGACCAGUCAUCCGAGCUGGUUAUUUGGAGAUGUAAAUGCUCCAGAAUUUGAUGAAAAUGCAUUUGAACUGCCAAAAUGGGCUUUACUUAUCAAUGAAGAGUCCAAGAAGUUAGAAGCAUUAGAAGUACAUGUGUCAACCAGACUCAACUGCAAGUUCAAGUACAGACUGUAUGCACAGAAUGCUCUUGUUGAAAACAAUAAGGUUGUGAAAAUAGAGGAUGCAAUAGUUUGGUACUUUAGCACAGUGUCAGAGGUACUCAGUGGUUAUGAGCAGCUAUACAGACAGUGCACCAACAAACCUACAUGUAUGGUUACAUGUGAACCAGGGAGUGUAGAAGUGGAAAAUUUUGGUUCAUCAAACUUAAGAAUGGUUCUUGGGAAGUUAUCUCUCCUGAAUGAAGACAUUUCCCCACAGGUGGCAGCACUGACAUCACUUGUCUGGAAUGAAGCUCUGACAGAAGUGGACACCAUGUUGGAAACUCCUAUGAAAUAUAUACAAGAAAAACAAAUAAUCGAAGCAAAAGUGAUCCUUGCCCAGUUGACUGAUAAAUUUCUUGGUCACCAUAGUGACAGAGAUGACUGUGUAAGGAAGUUGAUAGACCAGUUCUAUGAGGUACUGCCUCAUAAAGAAGACUUUAGAUCCUACAACUGGACCCUCAGAGAAGUGAUUGGCAAGCAGGACUUGUGUCAGCUAUUAUCGGACAUUGUUGCUGUCAGUGAAGCUACAGACUGGUCUACAGAUGCUACAGUUAUUGCCAAAUACAGAGCCAUGUGUUGUCAUGUACAAUAUGUAGACCAGUCCAGUAAUGACUCAGCAGAAAUAUACAGUCUCAUGGAGCAGAAACUCUCUAAAGAUGGAGGAAAGAUACAUGGCAUAUACAGAGUUAAGAGAACAGUGGAAGAAGUGAAUUUCCAGGCAGAUGUUGGAAAUAUCAACUUACUGAGUCAUGCAUCACCAUGUUAUAACUUUCUUGGGUUGUUAUCAAGAGGUCUGUUAUUGCCUAACAUGGUCACAGACAAACUGGGUGUAUCCAGGACAGAUGUUGGUAACCUAGGAGCUGGAAUAUACUUCUCUGAUAAUCCAAGGAAAAGUGCCCAGUAUUCCACAGAAAAUUCUCAGACUGGUACCAGGUUUUUGCUGCUUUGUGAUGUAGCUCUGGGACAUUGUUGUGAAAUGUACCAGUCUGAUUCAAAUAUUACAGCAGCACCUGAAGGGUUUGACAGUGUACAGGGAGUCCAGUCUACAGAUGACAAGCUUAGUACAUUUAUGGAUAAUGAAUUUGUCAUUUACAAUGCAAGUCAGCAGUGUAUGAAAUACCUGGUAGAGUUUUCCCUUCCUGGAGACACUGUAAAGGAAGACAAAGCAAUGACUGACAAUGAUAUACAGCUUCUUAAAGAUACAGAUACUGCUGAUGGUGGACUACCUCAAAACAAACCUACAAGAGUAGAUAUUGAUAUAACGGAUGUUAAAGAUAUCCCAGAUCCUUUAGCCAAGGUGAAAGCUGGACUACAGGGAAACAAGAAAGAACACAUUCCUCUCAAGAGUGUACAUAUCAGAGGCAAAAUGAUGGAUAUGGUUGCCAAGGUUGUGGUACUACAAGCAUACAGGAAUGAUAAUGACACAGCUAUAGAAGCCAAGUAUGUAUUUCCACUGGAUGAUACUGCAGCCGUGUGUGGAUUUGAGGCUUUUAUUAAUGGGAAACAUAUUAUAGGUGAGGUAAAAGAGAAGAGUAAAGCUAGGAAGGAGUACAAAGAGGCAGUUGCCAGGGGUGAUGGUGCCUACUUGAUGGAAGAGGAAACACCAAAUGUGUUCUCUGUUAGUGUUGGCAAUUUGCCACCAAAAUCAGAUGUUCUUAUCAAGAUUACAUAUAUUUCGGAGCUACAAGUUCAAGGGGAGGCAAUCACAUUUAACAUUCCUGCAUCAGUUGCACCAUGGUUACGAGAUGGAGCUCUUUCUCAAAAAACACAGACCACUACUGAUUCAGUCAAAGUGUCAGACAACAAGAGAUGUUAUAUUUCUCUAAUGGUUGCCAUAGAGAUGCCCUUUGACAUCAGGAAGAUACAGUCACCUUCUCACAGGGUCAAGUGUAAGAAAACAGCAACAAAAGCAGUUAUCUCCCUUCCCAAGAAGAGUAAAUUUGAUGAUGGUUUCCAGCUGUAUGUAUAUCUGGCUGAGGUCCAUGUUCCCAGAAUGUGGGUGGAGAGACAUCCAACAGAUAAUACACAGGCAUGUAUGCUGACAUUCUACCCAGAGUUUGAGACAGAAUCUGUUACAGAACCUGACAUUACAAUUGUUCUUGACAUGUCAAAUUCAAUGAAAGGUGCAGCUGAAGAACAAGCUAAAAAGGUGGCCCUUUUAGCAAUGGAUCAUUUGCCACAACAGUGCAGGUUCAACAUUGUUGUGUUUGGUAGUACAUACAGAGAAUUAUUCCCUUCAUCACAGAAAUACAACAACUUCUCAUCACAGCUUGCUAAACAAUUUAUUCAGGAAGCAAGGUCCAAUCUUGGCUCCACAGAAUUGUGGGAACCCUUACAUGCCACACAGAUACUGUUGUCUGCUAUUGGACAUAGCCAGAGCCUCUUUCUCAUAUCAGAUGGUCAUGUGACUCAGGAAUCUUCAGUUUUGAAGGCAGUAAAGACAACUUCCCAAAAAAUAAGAGUAUUUACUCUUGGAGUGAGCUCAACAGUGAACCAUCAUUUAUUGCGGAGCAUUUCAACUGUCAGCGGAGGAACCUACCAACAUUACAAUACUGAUUCCAAAUCACAGUGGCAAGGGAAAAUACUCUUCCAACUUGAGAAGGCAUGUCAGCCUGGCUUAUCUAAUGUGCAUGUUGAUUGGCUCCAGACCAAUGAAAAGGCCACACCCCCAACACAAGCACCCAGUCACAUACCUUGUCUCUUCAGUGGAUGUAGACAAGUUGUGUAUGGAUUUGUAGAGAGCUGUACUCAGGCAACACUAAAGGCCAAGAUUGAUGGUAAUGAAAUAUCUACAAUGGUGUCUACAGUAGAUCUGAAUAUAACAUCAGGAACUAUGCUACACCAGCUGACAGCGAGGGCUGUGAUCACAGAUUUUGAGAAUGGUAUUCUAGAUGAUGACAGAGUCAAACACCAGGUUUUAAAGAAUGAGAAGAAACAGUACAUUAUUGACCUGAGCAAGAAAUACAGCAUUGUGACAUCAUACACCAGCUUUGUGGCCAUAGAGGACAGACAACAGGAUGUAUGUGAUGUUUCAAUCAUUCCCUCUAUAGAUGAUCUUAUUAAGAAAGAAACUGUUGACAUUCUACCAUAUAUAGACUGGGAACCUGGUGUUGAGGAUAAAGACGAGGAUCCAAAAGCUUUAGUGAGGGAAAUUUUACGGAAGGGGGAGAUACAAGAAAGUUACUCCAUGGUCCAAGCAGAGGAAGCAUACACUGGACUCUCAGAGUUUAUUGAAGAUAUCAAGUCAGACAGUGAUACUUUAGAAUUGGUGUAUGAUAAACUAGGAAAAUUUUAUGAACAGAACCAUGCAGAACCGAUUGGGAACAUCUUGGCACAAAUAGAAGAAAUAACAAUAAGUCAUCAGCUUAAACAACUUGAUGUGUUAGCUACCUGUGAUAUUGAUGCAUAUGUGAAAUGUAAGUCAGAUCUAAGAAACACUUUGUGCUCUAAACGACAUCUCUGGAAGGUGCUUGAAUGGUUUGACAACAAAAUAUGGAGAAACAGAAAUGACAUUGACCUUCUUCAGCUGUGCAAAGCUGGGUACCAGAAUGAUGGAAUGGAAAUGGAAUCAGAUGUCAGAGCUGGGUACCAAAAUGAUGGAAUGGAAAUGGUAUCAGAUGGCAGAGCCAUGUAUGAAAGUGAUAGAAUUCAGAUGGAAUCAAGUGGCAGGGCUGAGUGCAAGAGAGAUAGUAUGGAAAUGAAGUCAAGCAGUGAUGUGAACCUUACUGAAGAUCAAGUAGCAGAGUUUAAGGAAGCAUUUAGUCUCUUUGACAAAGAUGGUGACGGGACAAUUUCAAGCAAGGAGCUGGGGAUGGUUAUGAGAGCUAUGGGUCACAGUCCAACUGAGUCAGAGCUGCGGGAAAUGAUCACUCGGGUGGAUGCUGCUGGUAGUGGUACUGUCAAUUUUGGUAACUUCCUUGACAUAAUGGGAAGUCAGAUGAAGGAUACAGAUUGUGAAAUAGACCUAGAUCCUUCAGAAGAACAAGGUGACAAAAGUUUGAUGGAAGAUGUUGAAAUGCCUUGCUUAAUGCCUCCAGAAAUUAAUAUCUCUGAUAUGGAUAUAGAUAUAUUGGAAAUGUCGUUAAAAGAAGCCUCUGAAAUUCCCCUGCUGGAAGAGGAUGAUUUAUUCUCUGACAAUGCACUAGAGGAUGCUUUAGGAUGGGACACAAACGGAAAAGGAACUGAAAAGUAUCUAGAUUAUUCAACAGCUAUAUUUGAUCCAAAAACUAGAUUGACUUCACAGACAGGUUCAUCUGGAAAGCAAAUAGCAACAAAGGCAGCACGAAAAAGUGCCCCAUCUACUGGUGAAAUAGAGCGAAUACAUGGUAGUUCUAGCAGUAGUAGUUCUAGUUCUGGCUCUGAAGAAGAUGAAGAUGAUAGUUGUUCAGAAUCAUCAUCUAGCAAUUCCGAUAGAGAAUUGAAAAAGAAAAGAAAAAAGAUGUGUGACACAGACAGAGAUAGGGAUCGUAGUGCCAGUAAUACUAAUAGUCCUGAUCUUUUAUUUAAUAAUAUUACUUCAACUGCUUCUAUUGAUGCUUCUGUCCAGCCUUUAUCAAGCACAGUUAGGGGAGGAAAAGGGAUAAGGAGUGCCAGUGGUGGCUCUGGUGUAUCAGGGAGAGGAAGGGGAGGAAAAGGGAUAGGAAAAGGGGGAUCUCAGCAUAUGUCCAUGUCUGGGACAAGCAGAGGCGGUAAAGGUGGUAAAGGUCUUGGAAAAGGGGGAGCUAAGCGACAUAGAAAGGUCGUGAACAUACCAGACUCUGAAAGUGAAGAAGAUUUAGCAUUAAUGGACAUUCCUCUAAGUUAUAAUGAUACUCUGAUGAUGGGCACUACUGUUAAAUCAUCAUCCCUCUGUGUUGAACCAGAACUUCAAACUUGGGCUUCUGAUUCCAAGACAGAGAUAGAGCUGAGUGAAAGUCAGCGUUUAUUUUCUGGCACUUCUUUGCAAACUGAUUUAAGACAUUCACCAAUAUCUGAGUCAGUAGGACUGAAGAAAAAGAAUUAUCCUGCAUCAGGAAAGCUUCUAGCAACUUGGGCAGCAAGAAAGAGUGCACCUGUUGCAGAACAUAUUUCCGUUCCUUUAGAGUGUUCUGAAUCUGAAACUGAGACAAAUCAACCCUUUGAUGGACCAAUAAUGGAAAAAAUGAGAAAGGAUAAAGAUGAUAAAGAAAUUCAUGAAAACAAAGCACAAGUAUUUGAUGAAUUACUAGACUAUUGUGAUGACCAAGAAGAGGAUUAUUGUGAGGAUGAAGAGGAAGAAGUCUAUACAGCUGAGAAAUUGCCAUUUGUAGCACCAACACAAGAAGGUGAUGUUAAAUCCAGUUUGAAUGAAGUAUCUGUGUUAGAAUCUUACCAGCAGACAGCUCCAAGUUAUAACCCAACAGCUCCAAGUUAUAACCCAGCUGCUCCGAGUUAUAGCCCAGUUGCUUCAAGUUAUAACCCAAUUGCCACAAGUUAUAAGCCAGUUGCUUCAAGUUAUAAUCCAUUUGCUCCAAGUUAUAACCCAAUUGCUCCAAGUUAUAGCCCAGUUGCUCCAAAUUAUGAGCCAGUUGUUUCAAGUUAUAACCCAAUUGUUACAUUUAGUUAUAACUCACUUGCUCAAAGUUAUAGCCCAACUUCACCGCAUUAUAGCCCAACUUCACCACAUUAUAGCCCAACUUCACCGCAUUAUAGCCCAUCUUCACCACAUUAUAGCCCAACUUCACCUCAUUAUAGUGAAAUGGCACAAGAUUGUAGUCAAACUUUACCUAGUGGUGACAGUCCAGCAUUUGAUAGUUCUACAAUACAGAAAUUAUCAACAGAAGGCUAUCAGCACACCCAAACAUUAUCCAAAUACUAUGCACCGGAUUUUGACCCAGACAUGCUUCCGCCAAACUUAGCAAAAAAACGUGCUAAACUUCUUCCUCGUUUCAACCAUAGAGCACCAGAACCACUAAUUUGCCACCAAGCUGAAGCAGAAAUGGAGACAUUUGAUGAUAGUCCUAAGCAUUAUAGAAAGGCUGCUGUCUCCCCAGAGAGAAGUGAUCAUUUUAGGAAAACGUAUGUAGAACAAAUGCAGUCCUCAGAUCAAAUGAGAGGUAAACAGACAGGUCAUGUAUUUGACUCAACAAAACAAAUCAAUGAAGACACACCCUUCUCUUUUUCCGAACCAUCUGGAUACUCUUAUUCUAUGAAUACUUCGUUGGUAAAUGAAUCAGAUUUCGAAAUGGCAAGAUGUCGGAGUCAUCAGGUAUGCUUAACUAAAAUACAAACAAAGUCAAAAGACUUUGUAAAAAAUAAAAUCACCCUACCAUUGAAAAGGAAUAAAGCAAAGACAUUUUUGAAGUCAGCAAGUAAAUCUCCUAAAAGAAGAUCAAGAAGAAAGUCUGUUAGAAUAUCAAGAUCAAAGUCUCCAAGAAGAUCAAGAAGUAGGUCUCUGAGAAGAUCAAGAAGUAGAUUUGCAAGAAGAUCAAGAAGUAACACUCUGAGAAGAUCAAGAAGUAAGUCUUCAAGAUCAAGAAGUAGAUCUCUUAGAAGAUCAAGAAGUAGGUCCCCAAGAAGAUCAAGAAGUAGGUCCCCAAGAAGAUCAAGAUGGAGGCUUCCAAGAAGAUCAAGAAGUGGGUCUUUGAAAAGAUCAAGCAGUAUGUCACAUAGAAGAUCAAGAAGUUUGUCUCUGAGACGAUCAAGAAAUAGGUCUCUCAGAAGAUCAAGAAGUGGGUCUUUUAGAAGAUCAGGAAGUAGGUCUAGCGGAAGGUCAAGAAGUAGGUCUCCGAGAAGAUCAAGAAGUGGGUCUCUAAGAAGAUCAAGAAGUGGGUCUCCGAGAAGAUCAAGAAGUGGGUCUCUGAGAAGAUCAAGAAGUGGGUCUCUGAGAAGAUCAAGAAGUGGGUCUCCGAGAAGAUCAAGAAGUGGGUCUCUGAGAAGAUCAAGAAGUGGGUCUCCGAGAAGAUCAAGAAGUAGAUCAAGAAGUAGGUCCCCAAGAAGAUCAAGAAGUAGGUCCCCAAGAAGAUCAAGAUGGAGGCUUCCAAGAAGAUCAAGAAGUGGGUCUUUGAAAAGAUCAAGCAGUAUGUCACAUAGAAGAUCAAGAAGUUUGUCUCUGAGACGAUCAAGAAAUAGGUCUCUCAGAAGAUCAAGAAGUGGGUCUUUUAGAAGAUCAGGAAGUAGGUCUAGCGGAAGGUCAAGAAGUAGGUCUCCGAGAAGAUCAAGAAGUGGGUCUCUAAGAAGAUCAAGAAGUAGGUCUCCGAGAAGAUCAAGAAGUGGGUCUCUAAGAAGAUCAAGAAGUGGGUCUCCGAGAAGAUCAAGAAGUAGGUCUCUGAGAAGAUCAAGAAGUGGGUCUCUGAGAAGAUCAAGAAGUGGGUCUCCGAGAAGAUCAAGAAGUAGGUCGCGGAGAAGGUCAAGAAGUAGGUCUCCGAAAAGAUCAAGAAGUGGGUCUCCGAUAAGAUCAAGAAGUGGGUCUCUGAGAAGAUCAAGAAGUGGGUCUCUGAGAAGAUCAAGAAGUGGGUCUCCGAGAAGAUCAAGAAGUAGGUCGCGGAGAAGGUCAAGAAGUAGGUCUCUGAAAAGGUCAAGGAGUGGGUCUCCGAUAAGAUCAAGAAGUGGGUCUCCGAGAAGAUCAAGAAGUAGGUCAUGGAGAAGGUCAAGAAGUAGGUCUCUGAGAAGAUCUAGAAGUAGGUCUCUGAGAAGAUCAAGAAGUAGGUCUCUGAGAAGAUCAAGAAUUAGAUCUCUGAGAAGUUCAAGAAGUAGAUUUAUGAGAAGAUCAAGAAGAAGAUUAAGAAGUAGAUUUAUGAGAAGAUCAAGAAGUAUAUCUCAGAGGAGAUCAAAAAGUAGAUCUCCAAGAAGAUUAAGAAGUAGAUUUAUGAGAAGAUCAAGAAGUAGAUCUCCAAGAAGAUUAAGAAGUAGGUCUCCAAGAAGAUUAAGAAGUAGGUCUCCAAGAAGAUCAAUAAGAUCUCCAGUAAGUAUUUUUCAUAGAAGAUCAAGAAGUUUGUCACCAAGAACAUCAAGACACAGGUAUGCAAGAUCAAGAGACAGAUUUAUUGGAAAAUCCAGAAGUAACUCUCCAAGAAGAAGAAUACAAAGGAGAAGAACAUACACAAAAAGCCAAUCAAGAGAUAGAGCAAGGAUGUUUAGGUUCCAUAGAAGUUCAAGGAGUUCUUCAUUGUCAAGAUAUGAUUUAAACAAAGAACAGAAGACCAAAAUGAAGGAUAGAAACAAAUCUAACAACCCUGAAUCUGAAAUAACAAAGAAAAGCAAAGGAAAAGCUUUAGGCGAAGAUAACAAUAGUCUCAAAGAUGUAACAAAUCUCUUGGAGAUCAGGAAAAUUGAACAAAAAGCAGCACAGGAACACAUAGAUACAGAUUUAGACACACAUGUGAUUUUAGAUCCAGUUAGGAUAUGGCAAGGGGUUAGAACCAGUACCAUAGUGAGGAAUCUUCUUCGGCAGCCCCAGCUUUCUACACUGAGAACAUGUUUACAGACUGCUGAAGACUCAGUGCCAGAAAGACCACUACAUUACUUUGAGCUGUCUGAACAGUUGUGCUCUCUCAUUGGUGCAAAGAGGUCAAGAAUAAUUCAUAUACUCACAAGUCAGGGUGUAAAAUCUCUUGGUGUGAAGACAGAGCAAAAUGUAUACAGAGUAAUAGCUACCUUACUAACUUUGUCUCUGCUAGUUAAACAGGCAUGGAACAAAACAUUUGGGAGACCUUUGACACUGACUGCCGCAAGUCAUGUGACCUACAAAUUGCAAGAUGGUGUCUUUAAUAUUAACAUAGAUGGAAACGAAGUUUGUUUGAAUAAUGAAAUUCCUGAACAAUUAUUAGCUGGAUUAAUAAAUUGGCUGGAAAAGAAAGAAAAGGAAUUACCUCCCUUGUAUAACAGCUUAGAAUUAGGAAAAACAAGAAUGCAUUUUGUAUCAAAACUUGCUGGUAUUUUUAACGAUAUGUAAGAUUAUAUAUCAACAUGUAAAGGAAUGUAAAAAAUGGAUUAAAGAGCUCUCAGCUGAAAACAGAUGAAAAAAGGAGCACUAUAGUUUUGGAUUGUAAAAAUUCCAAUCAUCAGCUGGUAACCUUUUUUUAAGGAAUAUUUAUUUUUUUUAACAAAACAAGUUGUGAUCAAAAUUGUUUUUUGUCAUUUUUGUUUAUACCCCCACCAAACAUGUUUGGGUGGUGGGGGGGCUAUAUAGGAGUCAGUUUUGUCCCGUCUCGUCACGUCACGUCCCAAAAUCUAUAUCUCAGUUAUUACUUAAUGGAUUUGAUUCAAACUUAUUAUAAAUGUUCCACCUUAUCACCCACAUCAUAUGACACAAGGUGCAUAACUAUGACACCAAUUUUUCAUAAAUUAUGCCCCCUUUUAGAAAGUUUUACUUAGAAUCUAAGGUUAAUUUUGAUGCAUUUUCACUAUAUCUCAGUUAUAACUGAAUGGAUUUGAUUCAAACUUAAAAUAGAUGUUCCACCUUAUCACCCACAUCAUGUGACACAAGGUGCAUAACUCUGACACCAGUUUUUCAUGAAUUAUGCCCCCUUUUACAUAGAAUUUAAGGAAAAUUUAGCCCCUUGUGGUUCUGGGAUGAUCUAUGUAUGAAAAGAAUUGGAAUUACUGCCUUACCCUUGCAUGAUCGUAAGAGGCAACUAAUAGGAUCUUAACACUUGGUUUUGCUGUAACUCUGUGAUUCCAGCAGGUAUGCAAAUUUUGAUUUCAUACCUCAUGUUUUUAUUUCGAUGUAAAUGAGAUGUGAAACCAAAAUUUGUAGUCCUGUGUGGCGCAAUAUAACCUAUACUGUGUUGGUGCACCGUAAAACCCAAAUAAAUAAAUAAAUAAAGGUUAAUUUUUAUGCAUUUUCACUAUAUCUCAGUUGUUUAAUUUAACUUCACGUCAUUAUUCAUCAAGACCAGAUGACAUGUUGAACACAUCACAAAGGUCAGGGUCACAAUUCAAGGUCAAAGGUUAGAUAUUUGGUUUUUACUCCAUAACUUCUAUGUGCCUGAGAGGGUUAUAAUAUAACUUUGGAUUAUUAUUCUUAAUGACAAGAAGAUGUGUCACAUAACAUUACCUAUACCUGAUGGUCAAAGGUCAAGGUCACAAUUCAAGGUCAAAUAUUGGGUUAUUGCUCCAUAACUUCAAAACACUUGGGCAUAGGAUCCUCAAACUGGGUAGGUGGGUUAGUCAUGACCGUAAUAUGACCUCUGUUAAUUUUGCAGUCACUAGGUCAAAGGUCAGUGACCUUUGGCAUUAUAAUAAAGUACUGAAGAACAGUUGGACCUGAGAUCAGCCAAGUUGACUUGAAGUCCUAGAAUUUCGUAUUUUGACAGAUCUGUAUGAACCCUGCCUUCACUUAAAAAAAAACAACUUCCUGUAUCCAAUACCUGGUGGGGGUAUUUAUCACUUCCAGUGAUAGCGCUAGUUUUUUUUUUGUAUCUUUUAUUCAAUAGUUUUAAUUUUUGUAUUAGAGAGUAUUGUUUUUUUUUAUACUUUUAAUUUUCGCUUCACUCAGGUUGUGUAACUCUUUUUUUUCAGUUAAGUGUACUAUUAUAUAGAGCUUUAUUUUCACAAUCAGUUAAUGAACAUUUGAGCCGUGCCAUGAGAAAACCAACAUAGUGGGUGUGCGACCAGCAUGGAUCAUCCGCGCAGUCUGGUCAGGAUCCAUGCUGUUCGCUAACAGUUUCUCCAAUUCCAAUAGGCUUAAAAGCGAACAGCAUGGAGCCUGACCAGACUGCGCGGGUGCGCAGGCUGGUCUGGAUCCAUGCUGGUCGCAAACCCAUUAUGUUGGUUUUCUCAUGGCACGGCUCAUUUAUAAUUUCCUAAAAGAAGUAAAAGUAGAAUGCAGAGAUUGUUGAAAAAGCUAGUGUUCUGUUGUUGUGUUGCUAUGGAAACAGCAACACUGGCAUAAUGUUUAUAAAUCAGCACAAUUUAUAAUAAGUUGUUUGAAAGUAACAUAAUUCCAAAGAUGUUAUUGUGAUAAAUAUAUAUUUUUAAACAUAGUGUUAACAUUAGUUUUGAGUUCACAAAAUAAUUGUUUAAGCAUUUUUUUUGAGUGCACAGAAUAAUUUUGUAAACAUUUGGUUUGAGUGGACAGAAUAAUCGUGUAAACAUUUGGUUUGAGUGGACAGAGUAAUCGUGUAAACAUUUGGUUUGAAUGGACAGAAUAAUCAUCUUACAGAUUAUCUUAUAUGAUUAUGCCGUUAAGUUUUAUUGAAAAGAUAAUAGGAUGUCAAAGUGUAUAUUUGCACAAAUGGUGGUUGGGACAUGAACAACAGUUAUGUUCUGCUUAUGAACAGUUAUUUUGAAUGUAUUAUUUGUAAGACAUAAGACUUAAAUGUAUUUGUCUGUGAUAUAAACAUCUGCUUUAAUAACUAUCUAUAAUUUAGUGUUAUUUUAUGCUCUACCAUUGUAUAUCAUUUUCUGAGAUCUAAAUACCCAGAGUGUGGUCAAUGCAUAUGAUGCCAACAAUUUUGUAAUCUGUACACCUUUAACUGCAGAAGUAUUUAGAGAAGUGGUGGGCUUGUGAGUGAGGAUAUAGUUGGCUGUAGAAAUGACCAGUAAUAAAGUUUGAAUUUUGUUGAAGUCUUUCACUGCACAACCUGUAUGUUGUGGGCUUUAUUCCCACCAUGGUAUCAUAAUUGCACCCUUAUGUCAUUAAGUUGAAAUAGUGGACCAGUCUUAACAUAACAUCAGUUGAUUGGUUGUUACAGAGUGCACUUUUGACAUUGAUCAAUAGCAGUGUUGCAUUCAGGGAAUGGUUCCUCAGUUUUAUAACCUCAAAUCAGAACUGGCGGAUGGACUGGUUCCUCAGUUUUAUAACCUCAAAUCAGAACUGACAGAUUGACUGGUUCCUGGGUUUUAUAACCUCAUAUCAGAACUGACAGAUUGACUGGUUCUUGGGUUUUAUAACCUCAUGUCAGAAUGGACAGAUUGACUGGUUCCUCAGUUUUAUAACCUCAAAUCAGAACUGACUGAUGGACUGGUUCCUGGGUUUUAUAACCUCAAAUCAGAACUGACAGAUUGACUGGUUCCUGGGUUUUAUAACCUCAUAUCAGAACUGACGGAUUGACUGGUUCCUGGGUUUUAUAACCUCAUGUCAGAACGGACAGAUUGACUGGUUCCUCAGUUUUAUAACCUCAAAUCAGAACUGACUGAUGGACUGGUUCCUCAGUUUUAUAACCUCAAAUCAGAACUGAAGGAUGGACUGGUCCCUUGGUUUUGGAACCUGAAAUCAAAACUGACAGAUGGACUGGUCCCUCACUUCUAUAACCUCAAAUCAGAGCUGACAGAUUGACUGGUUCAGUCCUCAGUUUUAUAACCUCAAAUCAGAACUGACAGAUGGACUGAUUUACAGAGGAAUGCAAUUGUGGCUGACAGCAAAAAGAUCGAUAACUGAAGUUAUUUUUAUCUUUCUAAAGGUCUCUAGGUGUGGUAGUUGAAGCAUAUUUUAAUUUUAAAGAUAUUUAUCAAUGUCCAAAAUCUUGUUUGGAGUUUCCUUUGUAAAAUUCUAACUCCUGAAAAAAUUUCCAAAAGUUUUAACAUGGACAGUGUGCUUUAUCAACAAAUCAGGCUGUCCAAAAUAUGACUACACCCUUUCAAAAUGUUUUCUAAGGAUAAAUUCAAAAGUUAGCCAAGAUGUUUUGAAAAUUUAAACACUUCUUAUUACCACCCUUGAAGUUCUUUGGACUGGAUCAGUGACAAUUAUAAUAUUGUUUGUUGAAGAAACAAAAAGGAAAAGGUAAAAUUUAUUUUGCAUUGUUAGCUCACCCAAGCCAAAAGCUCAUGGUAUGCUUUUGUGACCGCCCAGUGUCCGUCGUACUUCCUUCAACAUUUUCUAAAAAAAAACUUCUUGAAAAACCAAUGGACAGAUUUACACCAAACUUCACAGGAAUGAUCCUUGGGUUGGCCCCCUGUCAGUUGUUCAAAGAAUUGAAUUUCACAUAGAACUCGUGUUGCCACGGCAACCGAAAAGAAAACGUUAAAAAUCUUCUUGUCCAAAACUCCACCAUAUAGAGUCUUGAUAUUUGGCAUAUGACACCAUCUAAUGGUCCUGUAUGAAAGUUAUUCAAAUUAUGCCCCUAGGGUGAAAAGAGGCCCUGGCCCGGGGGUCCCACAUUUUACAUAGACAUAUAUAGGAAAAAACUUAAAAAAAUUUCUUGUCUGAAACCACAAGACUUAGGCCUUUGGUAUUUAGUAUUUAGCAUUGCCUUGCGGUCCUCUACAAAGCUUUUUCAAAUUUUUACCUUGGGGUGAAAAGAGGCCUUGCCCUGGAGGUCCCAAGUUUUACAUAGACUUAUAUUGGUAAAAAGUUUUAAAAUCUUCCUUGUCUGAAACUGCAAGGCCUAGGCUUUUGAUAUUUGGUAUGUUGCAUUUCAUAGUGGUUCUCUACCAAGACUGUUCAAAUUAUGCCUCUGGGGUGAAAGGAGGCCCUGCCCUGGGGGUCCAAAGUUUUACAUAGACUUGUAUAGGAAAAAACUCCUUGUCUGAAAGUUCAAGGCCUAGUCCUUCGAGUUUUGGUGUGUACCAUUUUAUGGUGGACCUCUAACAAGAUUGUUCAAAUUAUGGACCUUGGGUGAAAAGAGGCCCCGCCCCGGUGGGUCACUUGUUAUAUGAGUUAUAUACUUAAAAAAUUAUCAGAUCUGUGACCUUGACUUACGGAUCUACAUUCUUGUUUUUUAAGAUACAGCUUUGAAAUUUGGAUAACAUGUACAGUUUUGCACACCAAUCUUAAAACUGGCUUUCAGUGACCAUGAAAGUGACCUACUGACCAUGAAAGUGACCUACUGACCAACUUUCUUAACAUUUAAGCAUCAGUUUAACAUUUGAAACAUGUUCACACAACUUGGAAAAAAUUUCAAUGCUUACUUACGUUUGACUUUCUUACCUGAUCUCUUACUCUUGUCAGUGUAGCUUACAUUACUCAGGUGAGCAAUCUAGGGUCAUCAUGACCCUCUUGUUUUGUGAAAAUGAAAUUUAAAUGAAAAACAAAUUGCAAAGCUAAUAUUUUUUCUUAUGUGUUUAUUAGGGAUUAAUUAAAUAUCCUUUAAUAUAUGUACAGUUUGUACAAAGAUAUGUAAAAUGUUUUGAUAUACAGAUGAUUAAAGAGUAGAAAUCAG